UCCGGAUCAAUAUGGCGCCGUCCUGAGCGUCUGUCGCUCCUGUGCAGACAUGCUGGAGCGCCGGCGUUAGUUUGUACGCUUAAUUUCAUGAUCGGGAAGCUGCUAAAUGCUGCGAUCACAAUUUAAGUAACUUGCUUCUUCGGUGCAUUGGUAACGUUAGAAUUUAUUCUCUGACACACCAGGAAUAUUUUGACGAUGUCUCUGCUCGAGUUUGAAACUCAAAUGUUCUUGGACCUUCACAACGAAGAUGGUCUCGUCAUAGUAGCGAAGGGCCUUGGUAUAGAGCGAUUGCUGUUAAGUUUGAUGAAAGUUCACAACGACCCCGGUAAUCUUGUUUUAGUAUUGGGGACGACAGCUGAAGAAGAGGAAUUUUUCAUAAGCCAACUCCAAGCGGACAAUGUAAACCCGCUCCCAAAAUCGAUAACUGCUGACUGCGGCACAAAGGAGAGGACCGACGUGUACUUAACCGGAGGUGUCCUUUUCGUUACGUCACGGAUUCUUGUUGUCGAUAUGCUUAUGGAGCGAGUCCCCAUCGACCUCAUCACAGGCAUCAUAGUGUAUCGAGCUCACAAGACGCUGGAAUCGUGUCAGGAAGCCUUCAUUUUAAGACUGUAUCGACAGAAAAACAAAAAAGGAUUUGUGAAGGGACUCUCUGACAGUGCCGUGGCAUUCACCCAUGGCUUCUCACAAGUGCAACGCAUGAUGAGGAAUCUCUUUGUCAAGAAGUUGUUCCUUUGGCCAAGGUUCCAAGCUGACGUUAUUGCAUCCCUAGAGAAGAGAAAGCCAGAAGUUGUGGAAAUCCGUGUUGGCAUGACUCCCGCUAUGAACAUUAUCCAGAUGGCUAUUCUGGAUAUUAUUGCCAGCUGUGUUCGAGAAAUAAAGAAAUGCAAUCCUUCGCUUGACAUGGAAGAAAUGACUGUGGAGAACACCAUUGCAAGGUCAUUUGAAAAGAUCAUCAAGUUUCAACUUGACCCUGUCUGGCAUCAGCUUGGCCCGAAAACGAAGCGCCUGGUUUCUGACGUCAAGACUCUCCGCACAGCUGCUACUGUGAGUCAGUAUUUGACGCAACAUGAUUGUGUGACAUUCUACAGCCUUGUCAAAUCAAUACAUGACAGUGCCGCAGCGACAACACAAGUGUCUGACUGGCUUUUCUUAGAUGCAGCAGAGACGUUGUAUGUUCAAGCAAAGGCCAGAGUCUAUGGCUCGGAAAAGCGGCCACGCAAGGAUGACCAAAAGUCAAAAAGCACUGACAAAAAAGUGGACUCAUCCUUCCAGCCAGAGCACAGCCCCAAGUGGGCUGCACUAUCUGAAAUCUUGGCCGAGACAAGACAAGAGAACAAGGAGCGAGGGGACCUCAACACUGUUUUGAUUGUGGCUGAGGAUGACCGGAUUUGUGGUCAGCUCUCAGAGUACCUUUGUUCCGGUGCCGAUUCUGUACUUUACAAUCUCUACCGCAAGGCUGUUGGGGACAAAGAUGGCGUGCAGCUUCCACCCCUGAGCCGCAGUGACGAUGAUGAUGAAGGGGCUGGAAAGAGGAGGAAGAAGACAAAAAACUCAUCACACGGACGAAGUGAAGAGAAAAAGAAAGGAAACCAAGAUUCAGAAAUGGAAGGAUCUGACAUGACGGAAACAGAGACGGAGGGAAUGGAAUCGCCACCCGCCUUUCCCAACACGAUUUUCCACCCGCUGAAGUCUGCAGAAUUCGCUUUACAACAGCUGCUUCACUCUGUCGAGCCAAAGUACAUCAUCCUGUACGACGUCAACAUUGCGACGGUGAGAGAAAUUGAGAUGUACCAGGCCACCAGAGCGAAGGAAGUGCUACGCGUGUACUUCCUCAUGUAUGAGGACUCCAUAGAUGAGCAACGUUACCUCACUUCACUUCGCCGAGAGAAGGAUGCCUUCGAAUUUCUCAUCAAAGAAAAAAGUAUAAUGGUGAUACCAGAGGAGCAAGAUGGGAAGGGAGAGUACCAUCCUGACCUUGUGGAUGACGUCGGAAAGUCGAAUGAGCCAGCCAGCUCGCGGAAGGCGGGCGGUGCAGUUGCCCCCGUGUCAACAUCUCGCAGGGUUAUUGUGGAUUUGCGUGAGUUCCGCAGCGAACUGCCUUCGCUCAUUCACAGGCGAGGAAUCAGUGUUCAGCCAGUCACCAUAGAGGUUGGUGAUUACAUUUUGACACCGGAGAUCUGCGUUGAACGCAAGAGCCUCAAUGAUCUUAUCGGGUCCCUGAACAACGGCCGUCUGUAUAACCAAGCACAGGCAAUGUGUCGUUACUACAAGCGCCCCGUGCUCCUUAUUGAGUUCAAUCAGAAUCAGCCUUUCUGCCUUCAGGGCAAGCACCUGCCAUCGUCGGAGAAUACCUCACAAAAUUUCGUCUCGAAACUGAUCCUGCUAACGAUGCAUUUUCCCCGCCUGCGUCUGCUGUGGUGUCAGAGCCCGUAUGCUACGGCCGAGAUCUUUGACAUUCUGAAGCAUGGGAAGGAGGAACCAACUGUGGCAGAGGCUCAAGCAGUGACCGAAAAGGAGCUUCAGGACAGUGGCAAGUCAAGUGACAAGUACAACCCUGCUCCACAGGAUUUCUUGCUUCAUAUGCCCGGGGUCAGCUUGAAGAACUACACAUUGCUGAUGCGCAAGUUCACAAGUCUCGCAGACAUGUUUAAAGCAUCGCAAGAAGAGUUGUCAUCGGUAAUGGGAAACGCGGCCCAAGCCAAGGCCCUUUGGGAGGCCAUCCACAUCCCCAUUGAGCACAACCCACAGAAACCAGUGCCACAGCGGAAGUUCCGAAAGAAGUAGCCCUGGCUUUCCAUAUAAGUGUGUACAUACUGUAUAUAGGGUGUAAAUGAAGUUCCACAAUGCAUGUUCAAGUGGCCUUAGAUACUGUUUAUAUAAAAUUGGCUUUGCUGCUGAGUGUUGAAACACCAUUCUGCUGAGUGUGACACAACAUGGUGAAUGUUCAUAAUGUGCAUGUGUGGAGCCCUUACAUUGGCUUAGCUCUGAUGGAGUCAUCAUUGUGGCUCCAUACCAUCUCCAUAAUGUGUGUUGCUUGUUUUUUGACAUUUACAAUGAGCUUAAUUACAGUGGGGGGGCCACUGUGGAAGGGAACACUUGAUUUGCAGUUAAGACCUUGAAGGGACACUAAGACACUAAAUCAGUUUACACUGAUAAAGUAUUCUUUCAAAACUCUCUUUUCAUUAAUUUCGCAGUAAGGGGUUGAUUAGUAUAUACUAAUGGUACAUUCGACUGGUUCCUACUGCACUCCAACUCAGUUUGCAUCAAUGCGAAACCCUCUUGAGAUUUGAUCCAAAGAAACCUGGCCCCAGACGAAUGAUCACCUGCCCUCGGAGCAGCCGGAGGAGCCAUGUGAUUUGGAUUUUGUCAGAUCUCAGUUGCACUUACAGCUGGAAGGCGAGAGCGCCUCCGAGCACUCUGAGCUGGAAUGCUGUGCUCUGAAUGAAUGAGACGAAUGUGUUCUGAGCAUUCGAUUUCUAUCAGCUGAAUGUAAACUGCACUGCAAAAGCGCUCUAUAGUUCAUAAGUGACCAGUCGAAUGUUCCUUUAAGACCGAAAUUUAAAAUAGAAAUCCCAGCACUGGUACAUCAGUGUGAGUUCAUGGAUUCUAAAGCAUUUUCUUGUAUUAGUCAUUCUGGCACAUUAAAAGUUCUUGGAACGUGCGAAGUUCAGUCUUUGGUUCCUUUAGAAUAGUCCGUAUACACUGAUAGAAAAUUAACGAAGCCUGACCAGACGGCAUCAAAAUCCAUGUCAUCAUGCUGGUAUGGGAACUUUAGAAGUCUCCUCUUGCCAGGGGGUGCCUAGACUUGGUAAUGCAUGGUUACAAUUAUCUGGUUUUCCGACUUCAUCUUUUUAAGCGGAGCACGUUGCUAGUGCAGCUGUGUGUUAUUUAACAGGCUUCUUCAGCAGGGAUUCAUUUCUUAGCCAUGUGAGUAAAAAAAUGCCUGUGCAAUUUAAGUUCUUGGAUAUUUGCAUAACCAAAUCUAUACAGUUAACGAGAACUGCUAUUGGUAAUGUUGUCAAUAAGCCCAGACUGCCUUCCUUCUUGCCUCAGUGAUGAUGUUAAAUGUACCUGUAGCAACUGGCUAGCAAGUUCUCUAGGCUCCACUGCAGGAGCACGUCGAAAGUCAGGAAAGUGAGCACUCAUUUCUUCGUGCAGCAUACUAUUUUGCUGCAUAGCAUUAAUGGAACGACUAUGUCAUGCGUCAGAAUUGCCUGCGUGGCAUGUGUCGGGUGGGGAAGAGCCACAGCCGACGGUGGAUGGGGAGGGACCCCUUUCUGAAUCCACCAGUUGUAAACGAAAAUACAGGAUUAGGAAAGCUCAGAGUUGCAGUGUGCAAAUUAAGGUGCGAAUUUGCAAAGCGGUUGGUCUUUAAAGAUGGCUCGUAACUAUAGUUAGUGCCUUGGCUGCUAUGUUGCGGUGUUGUGGUUUCAAGCUGAUUGACAGAGCUCGCAAGAUGGCAAAGGCCACAGGGGCCCUGGACUGAGGGUUCCACCUUCGCCGGGUACCUCCUUUGUGAAAAUAAAGUUUUUAAUUAAUUCUAUGCCAAACUGGCACCAGGAUGCUGCCCUUAUUACAUUUAGGCGAGAUUGUGAGCAACUUUCUUUUUUAUUAUUUGGACGGAGAAACUUGCGCCCGAAGCAAGCUUUCACAACCUUCCGUAAAUGAAAUCCUCGACGUCGUCUGAACACCAGGUGGUAAGGAACAGCCUCUGCAUGCCUGUGUAUAACUGGAGUCCUCGAGAAUGAGGAGCGAUGUUUCCAUGACCAUCGCUUUCUCUGCAAGCGUAGACGCACUUCAGUUAGCAGAUAAGACUUGCUGCCUGCCUUGCACGCGGAUGCACCACUAAGCAUAAAGGACACAAUGAUCUAAGCACAGCGCCGUAGUCAUGGAAUUCGCACUAUCUGAUGGUUACCGUUCAGACUAAUGUUGAAAAACGUCUACGAUGACAAUCACAAGGGCUCCGA